CCAGACAGAGUGGGGGAAGGACAUUCAAAAACACAUCCAGACCAUCAUAAUGUCAGAAGAUCAGUCUUCUGUAUGUCCCGGGUGUCAGUGUGAAGGGUCUGUUCUGUUACCCUGUGGGCACAGUCUGUGUCCGGAGUGUCUAAGGCUGUGUCAACAUGAGCUCGGGCCGGACCGGCAGGGGUGUACGGAGUGCUACGGGCGUGAGCUGCUGGACAGUGUUUUAAAGGGUCUGCUCGACUUACUCUUUCAAGGGCAGUCGCAUCGGGUGGGAGACGGAGUAGAGGGACGAGAAAGCCAGGAGGAUGGGGAACUGUGCAGACAGCAUGGAGAGAAGCUGACGAAGUACUGUGUAGAGGAUGAGGAACUGAUCUGUGAUCAAUGUCAAGGGGACGAACAUGAAGAUCAUGAGUGUAACUCCAUAGAAGAGGCAACACAAGAGUUUAAGAAGGAGCUUCGAGCAGCUUUGAGACCCCUGCAGGAGAAACUGGAGAAGUUAACCACAGCCAAGCAAACCUGCCAGGAAACUUCAGCACAUAUCAGGAGACAGGCACAGAACACUGUCCGUCUGAUAAAAGAGAACUUUGAGAAACUCCAUCAGUUUCUGCACGAUGAGGAGAUCUCAAUGCUGAGAGCUCUUAGUGAAGAAGAGGAGCAGAAGAGUCAGACGAUGGCUGAGAAGAUGGAUAGAUUAACAGAUGAGAUCAUGACAUUACAAGAGGCCAUUCGUUCAAAAGAAGAGGCCAUGAAUGAAGAUGAACUCCAGUUUCUGAGGAACUACAAGAAGACAUCAGAACGGGUGGAGUGUACGGUGAAGGAUCCAGUGGAAAUGUCGGAGGCGUUAAUUGAUGUUGCCAAACACAUCGGUUGCCUUAAGUUCAGAGUGUGGGAGAACAUGCAGACCAUUGUCACAUACAAUCCCGUAAUCCUGGACCCCAACACAGCAGACGUCUGCGUAACUCUAUCUGAUGACCUCACCACCAUUCGUUAUUCUGAAGAAGACCAACAGGUCCCCGACAACCCUGAGCGCUUCACCUUCUACGAAUGCGUCCUGGGCUCUGAGAGUUUCAGCUCUGGUCGUCACAGCUGGGAUGUUGAGGUCGGAGACUGCAGUGAAUGGGCGUUGGGCGUGGUAACAGAGAGCGUGCAGCGUAAAGAAUGGUUUCCUCCGAGCCCUGAACGCGGCAUGUGGACCGUCUGCUUGUAUGGCGGCGAGUAUCGCGCGCGGACGGCAAACAGCGCUCCUCUGACGUUUAAGAAGAAACCGCAGAAGAUACGAGUUCAGCUCGACUGGGAAGGUGGAAGAGUCAUGUUCUCGGAUGCCAGCGACAACACUCUGCUGUACAAAUACAAGCACAAGUUCACGGAGAAGCUGUCUCCUUAUUUCUCCAACACGUGUAAGAGGCAUCCGAUGCGUAUCUUGGGAGAGAAAGUGUCUGUUUACACGGAAUAAGUCAGGGAAUUUAUUGAGAUUUAAGACCUCGUCCUAAAGAUUUAGCCACAGUAAGAUAUAGCCUAUGUAAAGCUUAAUCAUCAAAGUAUGAUAGCAGCUGUAUAGGUUAAACGCUCUUUAAAGGUCUUUAAAUAGUUGUGCGUAAAAUGGUGCGUAAAAGCAGCUUAGGACGAUUUUAGGCAGGUAACAGAACUCACAAUGCGUGAAGUUUUUACUUGUGUCUUUUAAAACAUUCAAAUGACCUUAGAUUUUUUUGAUUCAGUGUUGACAGGUAACAUUUUUUGCUUAUCCAACCCAAAUUUUAAUCAUCAACAUCAACAAUCACUUUACAAUACUGUUUAAAGUGAAUCUUGAACAUGAAUUGGUUGUUGCUUAUGUGGUUCUUGUGCUUAAGAGUGUGAACAGAUCUCUUUAUAACACACUGAUGUAAUCUCCAGCUGUUCAAAUUCAUCAGUCCCGGUGGAUGAUGUUUCUGGAGAAAGUAAUACCGCGUUCCCUCGUCUGAACUAUGGCAUGUACAAAAAAAAACUUUUCCUGUAACCACAGCUUUACUACAGAUAUGAAAUAUACAGAAUUAACUUCGAAUAGAAAAUGGGCCGGCCCAAGCCUUUACGGAGGCCUAAGCAGAAUUUAUUCAAUCGACUAUUGUCAAUGGCGAUUGUAUUAGAUAACAGAUCAUUAUAAAUUACAUGAAUCAGCAUUUUGUCGUAUUGCAAUGUUGCGUUUAGUCAGUAAUUUCACAAUUUUGACAUACACCACAGAAAAAUAGUGGGUACUGCCCUAUGUGAGAAAAUGGAUGCGUGUUGUGACUUUAUCACAAGAAAAGCUGUAAUUUCAUGUGCUCUUGGGGGCCCCCUAGAGGCGGCGGGGCCCUAAGCAGCCGCUUAGUUCGCUUAUAAGGAAGGCCGGCUCUGCUAUUUACUACACUAAAAUGGUAAAACUACAAUACAUUUUCAUCUGUUAACAUUAGUUAACUCCAUUUGUUUAACUAGUUGACUAAGAUUUAUAUAGUAUUGAAUGCAAAACUCAACAAUAAAAAC